AUGAAGCCUGAUACUAACAACAGUAAAGCAGACGAAGUAGCAGUAGUGUGCAGAAAUAGUAGUAAACUCUGGCAUAUUCCGUCAUCCGUAGCAAGCAUUGAUACAGAUACCACAGAACAAAAACUGUUUGAGAAAGAAACAAUUAUUGUCCCAUUUGCAGAUGACUUAGCACCCUAUUCAAUAAAAAGCAAACUGUCCAAAAAAAGAAAAUGGUUCAUUAUCUUUAUCGUAGCUCUACAGGGCUUCCUUGGCCCUUUAUCAAGUUCUAUAUAUAUACCAGCUGUUUUGCAGGUCAAGCAAUCAUUUCAAGCCUCAGAUACUGCUAUCAAUGCAACAAUCUCUUCUUAUAUUUUUACAUUAGGCCUUUCACCGUUAAUUUGGGCCACUCUUUCUGAACAUUAUGGCCGUAGGGUGGUCUACCUAUCGGCCGCCGUUAUUUACCUCUGCUCCACAAUUGGAUGUGCUUUGUCUCAUUCAAUUGGUCUUUUUAUAGCUUUACGAAUCUUCCAAUCUGUAGGAGCAGCAGCAGCACAAGCUGUUGGAGCAGGAACAAUCACUGAUUUAUUUGAUAUACAUGAGCGUGGUAACGCGAUGGGUCUCUUCUUGUUAGGGGCUUUGAUUGGUCCUGUUCUCGGUCCAAUCUUCGGUGGAUUCAUCAAUCAAUUUUUAGGAUGGCGUUAUAUCUUUUGGCUUUUAACAGCCGUAGGAGGACUGACGUUGUUUUUCAUCGUUUUCUUUUUACCAGAAACUUCCGCAGCUAUCCUGAAGAAAAAAGCGCUUGCUUCCAGUGAGAAGACAAAAACCAAAGACAGUAAGAGAGCCAAGCUUGAAACACAUAUACUUUUUCAGAAAAAUCAGACAACAAUAAUGCAAGGAGGAGUAAAUGAAGAAGCCAAUGAUAGUUUUACAGACGGAAUCGCCUGCUCUUCUUCCUCAAUCACUGCUGCUAAUUCUUUUUCAACUUCUACUUCUUUCUUCACAACGAUCAUCACACCUAUCAAAUUCAUGUUCAAACCAGUUGUUAUUCUGGCAACCACACCUUACUCUAUGGCGUACGGUUUUAUGUAUUUCGUAAUUGCUACGCUGCCUCACGAACUCCAGCAUCAUUACUCCUUGACAAGCUAUCAAGUUGGCCUUUCUUAUCUGACUAAUGGUGUUGGUAAUGCAAUGGGUGCUUAUCUAUCGGGUAAAUUAUCAGAUAGAGCCCUUAAUAAGACUCAAGAAAGUGAUAAAAACAACGACAGCAAAGCAAAUUUAGAAGCCCGGUUGUCACCUAUGUGGUUGGGUAUUAUUUUGCUUCCCAUAGUACUAAAAAGCAUCUGGUUUUUCGUCUUGUACGCAACAGUAGGAUUAGGUGUAGGGUUUGUUCAGACACCCAGUAACACGUAUAUUGUGGAUUCAUAUCAAUCCCAUUCUGCAUCUGUAAUGAGCGCUGCAAACAUGCUCAGAUGCAUCUCAGCAGGUUGCACUCCUUUGGUAGCCCCCUCUCUUAUAAGUGCUAUUGGUAAUGGCUGGUCCAUGACCAUUAUUGCUAUUCUGAGUGUAUUAAGUGGUGCCAGUAUACUAAGUAUACAGCACUUUGGAUACAGAUGGAGAAAUCAGUAA